AUGCUUGUAUUAUGUACUUUAGAAUAUAUUGAAGACCUAGAAAAUAAGUUAAUACUGAUAACAAGCUUUGAUAAAUCUCUCUGGAAAAGAUUUAUUACUAAUAUAAGGGAUCAAAAAGAUGCCUCAAAAUGGAUAUUCAGGAAUAAAAAUAAUAUAAAAAAUGAUGUUGUCAAAACAAUUUGUCAUAGUAUUACUAAGGAAAUGAUAAUGAAUCUAGAAUAUAAUAAUCUUUUAUUAUCAUAUGUGAUUGAUUUUUCAAAUCUACCCAAAGAAAUUAAAGAUGCAUUUGACGAGCAAGCACUAAUUGCAAUGAUGGCUCCACCAAUAAAAUUUCAUCGAGACAUGGAUCCUACUUCAGAAAAAUAUCUUGAAUACUUGUAA